GAUUUCUAACUGCUUUCUUUUUCUUUUUAACCCUCCCUCGGUCUCCCCAAACAACCCCUUUGGAGUUUCGUUGCCCCGGUCCCUUUACACCAAAAUCCACUCUCUAACACAACUAAAAAUUCAUCUUGUCUGACCUAAAUCAGAGGGUGUCUGCGCCAUGGGCUUAUUACACACUGCGCUUAAACUUGUGUUGUGGAGGAGGAUGGGGUAUUAUUAUCUUCCAGCUACCCACCCUGCUAUAAAAACUAGUGGUGCGACAUCUCCACAGCGCAGUGCUGCUGCCCUCCCUCCCUUCCUCUCACUACCUCGCUCUCGCCCUUCAUGAGCCGCACACAACCUGACUCUAAACUCCACACCAGCCACUCGGCUUCACACACACUCACACACACACACAGACUUAAGACCUCACCGCAUUCCUUCUUCCCUUCACUGGAUAUUCUCAUUGGUGAAUUUCUUUUUCUGUGUUUUUUCUUCUUUUUUUAUUUUUGUAUUUUUUUGUGAACGGACAUUUCAGCACCCGGCGCGGGGAGCUUGUGAAUGGACCGACUGCUUGGCUGACUGACAGACAGACAGCGAGAGGGAAAGAAAGCUGUGUUUCAAUUAAACAGAGCGAUGCUGAGAGGUCAAGUGGGGAGCAGCGGAGCCUCUUAGUGGUCUGGAAAUACAAAAACACAAGAGGGGAAUCUUGAAGCAGAAGAAAGAGACAGAAGGAGAAUGGUUCACCACAGAGAGGAGGACCUGAUCGGGAUCCCCUUCCCAAACCACAGCAGCGAUGUCCUCUGCAGCCUCAACGAGCAGCGCCGCGACGGUCUGCUCUGUGACGUCAUCCUCAUCGUCCGUGACCAGGAAUACCGCACCCACCGCUCCGUCCUGGCCGCCUGCAGUCAGUACUUCAAGAAACUCUUCACCGUGGCAACCACCGACAGCGGGGACCCCCAUCACGCUGUGGCCGCCGUGUAUGAAAUAGACUUUGUGGCUCCGGAGUGCCUCACAGCCAUCCUAGAGUUCGCCUACACUUCCACCCUGACGGUGACGGCGUCCAACGUCAAGGAGAUCCUGAACGCAGCACAGAUGCUCGAGAUCCCCUGCAUCAUCAACGUUUGCCUGGAGAUCAUGGACAAUGGGGGUGAUGGAGGUGGAGGGGGAGUGAGAGAGGAGGAAGGGGAGGAGGAUGAAGAGGAGGAGGAAGAUGAGGAGGAGGAGGAAGAGGAGGAGGAUGAGGAGGAUGAUACGGGUUCGAGGAAGGACGAGCAAGAUGAGGAGGAGGACGAUGUCAGCGAGAGGUCACUGCAAUCGUUGGAGAGCCGGGGAGAACAGACGCCACUGGGAGGGGAGGAUUCGUCUCCUCCGAGCACCUCCACGUUCCAUAGACAGUUUGGACCCCACACAGAGCCGACCCAGUCUCCGGACUUCAUCAGAGGAAAACAGGAGAGUAUGGAGAGCCGGGCUUUGAAGGAUUUCUCCAUCGAGUCUCUCCUCCAGGAGGGUCUGUAUCCCCGCAUGUCAGCUCCGGACAGGAGGGCCAACUUCUCCCCUCUGAUUCCAAGCUUCUACCCAUCUGUGUGGGCUUCUGAGUUCCCAGCCUUCCCGCAGCAGCUCCUGACCCCCACACACCCCCAUGGAGCAGCAGCCUCACCCCACACCAGGCUCCCUCAUGCCUUCCCUGCCUCUGCACCCCUAGAACCCUCCAGACCCCUAAAUCUAGCAGUGAAAAGGGAGAUCAUAAAAGAGGAGGCAAAAGAGGAAGUCCCACCCAGUCUCCUGCAGGACGACUUCCUGAAAGAGUUUGUCAGCUCGGGCCUGGGCAACACCAUGAACGCUGGGUCAGCGGCGUCGGAAGGCCACUCGCUGGCUCCGAUUAAGGAUGAAGCGGACAUCAGGUCAUACCUGAGCUUCCUGAGCUCGGCGUCCCACCUGAGCGCGCUGUUCCCUCCCUGGCAGCUGGCAGAGGAGAGGAAAAUGAAGCCCAAAGCUUCACAGCAGUGUCCCAUCUGCAACAAGGUCAUCCAAGGAGCCGGAAAGCUGCCGCGACACAUGAGGACGCACACCGGGGAGAAGCCAUACAUGUGCACGAUCUGUGAAGUGCGAUUUACAAGGCAAGACAAACUGAAGAUCCACAUGAGGAAGCACACAGGUGAGCGCCCCUACAUCUGCCUCCACUGCAACUCCAAGUUUGUCCACAACUACGACCUGAAGAACCACCUGCGCAUCCACACGGGCGUCCGGCCGUACCAGUGCGAGCACUGCUACAAGAGCUUCACCCGCUCCGACCACCUACACCGACACAUCAAAAGGCAGAGCUGCCGCAUCUCCCGCCCCAGGCGAGGACGAAAGCCUGCUGCAUGGAGAUCAGCACCUGCCGGCAACUUCCUGUGCCCUCCUGCUGUCGGAGCCAACCGCUUGGAGGAAAGCAGGUUGAGCCCUGCAUACCAGGGGGUCAAGGGUCACGGACUUGGCGAGUUGCUCGGCCUAGGCGGCAGGAGCUUGGGAUUUAAGAGCGUGGACGCUUCAGGCAGGGAGAGCAGGGGAGAACGUCAGGUGGAGGAGGAGACGGCUGGAGCAGGGAGGCAGAGGGGAGUAUUCGCCUUCGCUCUGGCUGGAGAAGAAGUGCUUACCCACUCUCCAUUUUAUGCUGCGACCUCUGACCCUUGGACCAUGAGACUGGAGCGUGCUCCGCCCAUCCCUGAGUCGACCAAAUGAACUCUAAUCUGCAGACUUACUUAAAAAAAGACGAGAAAACCUCUUGAGUCUGUUCCAGGAACUAAAAGCACCUUUUAGGUAGAUGUGAAAGAAGUUUGAGCUGAUGUGGGUGGGAGUGCAGAUUCAUUAAAGAGUUAAAAAUCAGUUUCAGUCCUGUGAAUGUUUACAGAUCGCUUCAAGACAUUUGAGAGGAGAAACAGCUUGACAAUCGUUAUCAAGAAAAACAUCAGAACUCGUUUAAUCCACGGAUUUUACUACACAUUUCCUCCAAAAGAAGGUGACUUAGUAACAGAUAAAGACAUGUUCAUGGGGAUUUACAUCCAUUUUUAGAGCUAAAGUGUUAAAUUGGCCUGUUGCUUAACAUUCAGUGAGCUGCAGGAAAGUUGCUUUAGAAUAUUUAAAUGAGACGUGCAGCAGAGAAUUAAAAUAAAAAAAGGGUCGCCAAUGCUUUAAAAUCAUCACAAUUUUCAAUUAUUUCUUUAUUUUAAAAAACAAAUUUGAAAAAUGAAAGCACUUGAAGGCAAAAUCAGGAUUUUUUUUUACAUGGUCAUGUCAUAAGUCCACUGCCUUGUUCAUUUCUGAGCUCCUCAUCUGCACUAUUGUACAUAAAACUUUUAGCUGUGGUCGUGUUAAUUGAGGCUGAUGAUGUAAAAUAUUUUUUAAAAUAUAUAAUUAUAUAAAUAUAUAUAUAUAUAUAUUUGGCUCUUCAAAUAAAUCCAUCCAAAGAUGAGUGCUUUGAUAUUUCACAGACUUGAAAAUGACGUUAAUAUUGAGGAGCACGUGUCUCCAAAAGAUCUUAAUUCUGACUAAUCAAAAGCUGUCAGCUACAGAGUAUGCUUGUGUUCUGUUUUUGUUUUUGUGGUGCAACUAAUCAACUGGGUUUCGACCCAUUUUUUUUAUUCAUAUGACGUUCACGUCUGAUUGGUGCAAAAAUUCUUUGGAUUGAAACGGGAAAGUAUUUUCUUGCUAUUUAUGUGUAUUUAAAUGAACAAGUGUUGGCUAUAUUUUGCAGAUCUGUUUUAUAAAGACACUAACUGUUGACCUUAA